UGCACAGGCUGCAGCUCGCUCAGUGUGCUUUUGGAGAUUACUCUGCCCCUCGAAGAAAACCGUCACCAUGGUCGACGCCUUCUGUGCCACUUGGAAACUGGUUGACAGUGAGAAUUUCGAUGAGUACAUGAAGUCACUGGGUGUGGGCUUCGCCACCCGGCAGGUCGGCAAUGUGACCAAGCCCACCGUCAUCAUCAGCCAGGAGGGUGACAAGGUGGUGAUUCGCACCCAGAGCACCUUCAAAAACACAGAGAUCUCCUUCAAGCUGGGAGAGGAGUUCGACGAGACCACCGCCGACGACAGGAACUGCAAAUCCACAGUGACUAUGGACGGAGACAAGUUGGUCCACGUCCAGAAGUGGGACGGCAAAGAGACCAAGUUCAUCAGAGAGCUCAAGGACGGCAAGAUGGUCAUGAAUCUGACCUUUGAAGACGUCCACGCGGUGCGUACCUACGAGAAGGCAUGAGUGCUCCAACCGACAGCAUCCCAACCCGGCCAAGAAGUGUUGAUUUUAUAAUUAUUAUUGACUGUAUGCUUCUCUUUGCACUUCAUCCUCCUCCACGUGUGCACAGCCUGCAGGCUGCACAUGUUUUGUUAUAAUUUUUUUUUAUAUGAAGAGAAAAAAAACCAUUUCUGUCGUGACGGAUGGAUCGUCUUUGUAACCCUGUGUGAAACAAGAAAUAAAAAACACAGAGAAAAAAAAGUUUGUCUCUUCUCUGUUGUGU